AUGAAUGAAGAUUACAGCAAGGAAUACGAAUGGUUCGCCUAUUAUAUCACGGCAACAUCAAUCCUCAUCUUUACCAUAAUUUGGUCCCUUCUGCCUGAACAGAGUGAAUUCAAUGGUACGAUUCACGUUCGAUUAUUCCAAGCAUUAUUAGACAUUUUACCACAGAGAAAAUGGGUUAUUUAUCUACAAUGUCUUAUUUUGAUGGGGAUGCUAUACACAUAUUUGGCAUUAAUUACAUAUAAUGAAGAUGUUCUCAUGCCACCAUUAGACAAUUUGAAUACAGUGACGGAUUCUCAAAGUAGACUGGCAGUUGUUGAAGAGAAGCAAAAAUUUCUGAACAAUUUUACAUUUAAAGAAACAAGUGCUUUACUAGAUUUACCUAUAAUGGAUGUUUGCGAAAUUUUGCACGGUGAUAAUCAGUUAAAAUAG